GUGUAUCUUCUUUUUUUUUAGUAGAACAGGAAGAACAUUUAUCUGAAUACGAACCAGCAACAUGUACAGCAGAUGCUAAGCUUAUGACCUAUUAGAAUAAACUAUUUCUUUAAAAUCGGUUACUAAUGUAUUCAAGGAAGAAUGUCGUCCGAUUUAAUGUUAGACUUCGAGACUCAAGAACAACAAAAUUUAAUGAUGAACAGUGAAACUGGCACCAUGUCCAUCGACCAGGAUGGCGAGUGGGACAUCAGCCUGUUUGACGAGCUGGACAACCUUGGAGAUGCAGACGAACUUUUUCAGGCCUUGGAGUGCGUGGGAUAUGCCGGCGAUGCCCCAGACCUCGGCUUUGACAUCGACCUGCCUCCCUGGAGCACUGACACAGGCAGCACCUACACAGAUGGGGAUCUGAGUGUGGACUCUCUCUCUCCUGCCCAUACCAUGAGCUCUGUCACCUCGCCUGCAUCCCGAGAGGCCCUGUCACCUUACUCCAUACAAGAGGAUCUAUCCCAAUCUCCUCAGCCCUCUCCUGCUGUCUCUGUCUGCUCCGAGUCCAGUGGCUUCUCAGAGCCCCCCCUGGCCAAGAGGGCCCCCAAGAGGACCAAUCAGGCCACGCGAGUGAAGAGGCCUAUCCAGCUCACCCCCAAGGUGUCCAUCCAGCCCAGACCAGUUGUAACGGCUGUACCCCAGCAUGCCGCGGGCCCUCUCCAGACCAUCAUCAUCCAGCCCCUGCAGACCACCCUGGUGCCUCACCCCGCUGUGGUCAAACCUGCCCCUGUCAGCAUACGUCCAGCGCCACCUAUAGGUGGUCCGUUGGUGCUGUGCCAGCCGGCCCAGGUGCUGCAGAUCCACACUCCACAGGCAGUCACCGGGCACCUGGUUACCAUGCCAACACUGACCCAAGGGAGGCCCGCCCCCAUUGCAGUCACACUCCACAGCCCUGGCUCUGACGAAGAUUCGAAGGUGUCCCAGAGGCAGCAGAAGAUGAUAAAGAACAGGGAGUCAGCGUCUCAGUCCCGUAAGAAGAAGAAGGAGUACCUGCUGACGCUGGAGGUCCGUCUCCAGAUGGCGCUAUCUGAGAACCAGCUGCUCAAGAACGAGAACGGCACCCUGAAGAGACAGCUGGAGGGACUACUGUCAGAGAACACGGUUCUGAAGACCAGUGCUCCUAAGAGGCGGGCCAUUUGUCUCAUGGUUGUGCUGGUGUUCCUCAUGCUCAAUGUGGGACCAAUGAGUUUGUUUGAAGGUGGCCGUGGCUCUAAACUUCAGGCUGGCUCCAUGCACAGCGGCAGACAUCUGCUGGGCUUCUCCCAAGAGACAGUCACCCCGGUGGGCCCCGAAUCCCUCCAGACCACCCCUCCGACCCACAGUUCGGAGGACAAGGCUUUGAUGGUGGUGAAGAAGGAUCCUCUGUUCUUCGGACCUCCUCCUCCCUGUCUGCCGCCUGUCAACAGGACCAAAUGCCUGAGGUUGAACCAUGAGCUGCGAGGCUGGGUCCAUCGACAUGAGGUGGAGCGGACCAAGACCAGACGCAUGAGCAACAGCCAACACCGAGCAAACAGGACUAUCCCUAAAGAGAAUAAGAAGGCUGAGGUGUCCCAGGUCCUAACAGUCCAGUACACUGACUCCACAGAGAAGAGCCCAGGUAAUGAGCUGCAGGUGUACUUCGCUCCUCACCGCACCUACAACGACUUCUUUGACGAGAUCCAUCGCCGUGGAGACACCUUCUACGUGGUGUCUUUCCGCAGGGAUCACCUUUUACUUCCCGCUACCAGCCACAACAAAGGAAGUAGGCCCAAGAUGUCCGUGGUGUUACCAGCCAUGAACAUUAAUGAUCGUGUGAUCAAGGACAAGGAGUUUGAGGUGAUGAUGCAGAUUGACUGUGAGGUCACAGACACCAGGAUCCUCCACAUCAAGUCCUCCAGUAUCCCACCAUUCCUGCGUGUCAACCGCACCGACACCCUGUACCCGCCUUCACCUGCGGACAGCAAGGCCACGCCUCCUGUCCAGGUGCUCAUGGGUUCCGCGUAACCUCUAUCAACCAAUCGAAUUGACGCACAAACCCGUAACUCCCACCAACCAAUUGAACAGUGAAAUUGAAAAGAUGGAACAACAACAGGUCUGUUCUCCUUCACCAGUUUAACAGAUGGAACAACAACAGGUCUGUUCUCCUCCACCAGUUUAACAGAUGGAACAACAACAGGUCUGUUCUCCUCCACCAGUUUAACAGAUGGAACAACAACAGUCUGUUCUCCUCCACCAGUUUAACAGAUGGAACAACAACAGGUCUGUUCUCCUCCACCAGUUUAACAGAUGGAACAACAACAGGUCUGUUCUCCUUCAACAGUUUAACAGAUGGAACAACAACAGGUCUGUUCUCCUUCACCAGUUUAACAGAUGGAACAACAACAGGUCUGUUCUCCUCCACCAGUUUAACAGAUGGAACAACAACACGUCUGUUCUCCUUCACCAGUUUAACAGAUGGAACAACAACAGGUCACAUGUUUCUAUUUACCUUGUGUUCUUUUUUUAAUUUUCUACAGAUCUGAGAUAAUUUUUAAAUUAUUAUAUACUAAUGUAUUUGACUGAACUCUGGUAUCAGGUUUUCUCCCUUAUCCUUGAUGUGGAUUAUGCAAUACCAAGCUAGCGCAAAUGGUCAGUGUGAGUUAGCCAUUCUGUUUUCAGCUCUGAUAUCCGUCAUGGUUGUUGAAGGUUAAAGACCAGAGCCAGGCUCUGUGUGUGUCUGGACUGACCAGGACCAGGCUCUGUGUGUGUCUGGACUGACCAGGACCAGGCUCUGUGUGUGUAUGGACUGACCAGGACCAGGCUCUGUGUGUGUCUGGACUGAUUGACUGUGGCCCUACACUCCUCUUACCAGGGUAAUUGCUGAGCAACAGCAGGGGGCCAAGCAUUGAACCCUGAGUCACCCCAACAUAACACAAAUACUUUCACCCCAUGGCUGCCAUGUUGUUCUCUCCCUUUUCUCUUCGUCAGUCUCCAUCCCUCACAUCUCUUUUGUUUUCUUGAGGCUUUAUAUAGAAGUAUUUCAUGCUGAUUGAAGCUUUUAUCACCCUCGUCUGUGAUCCCAUUGAAAUGAUCACAGCAAUAGUGGCAAUACACUCAGGAAGUCAUUGCAACGUGUUAAAGCUGAAGCAGUCCAACCACUAAAAGUAUGGGUCACUGUUGUUUCUCUGUUUUUAGGUUUUGUUUUCCAUAUAGUGUAGCUACGAUGAAGAAUUCCUAUUGGAUGUUUGUUUUGUUUUUACUUCUGUUUGCACUGUGCUAAUAUACUUUGGGGAGUGUUAUACUCUACAGAAAAAUGUUAUUUGUUGAAGUGCUAUCCUCUGUUUUGAAUCGAGACCACAUCUGUACUGAAAUAUGGUGUUGGCUAUUUGAAGGUCAUUGUUUUUUAUAUAAGCCCCAGGACUUUCAAUUUCCAUGGACACAUAGGAAACAUACUUACACAUUGAUGAAUGGACGGUUAGCAGCUGAAAUAUCAGAUACGAGAUGAGACAUUAUCUCUAUGAAAUAUCAAUGUGUCACAGUCUUAAACGCUCGUCUUUGAAAAAUCCAACCGUUUUUUUUUUUUUAAGUCAUUGAGAUUCAACGGGUUGGCAAGGAGCAGCAACAUUUGUCAGACCUAAUCCUAGUGAGUUCAUGUUGACCCAUGUUAGUUGUCAUAGUGACCCGAGAUGUUAACCCGAACCCGUCUGUCCACUUGGCCUGAUUGCACUUUUAUUGAAGUGCACUUUAACAAACAUAAAUAUUUUCUGAUGGCGGAGGGUCCCUGUGCUCAGAAUAUGGAUGCACGUAUGACUAAGUCGUUUGGAUAAAAGCGUAUGUGUAUUAUAAUAUUUAGCUUACUGAAAAGAGCGUUUAAAAAAUAAAAUAAAAAUAAUUAGUUGCCACGGGAACGCUUUGUGAAAUGAUGGGGCGUAAUACGUUUUGUUUUAAACAUUAAAUAGUUUUGCACCAUUGCUAGGCAACCUGCUUGUCUCAAACGUCUAGAUCUUGAUUCACUCACUUCCCAACUGCAUUUGAUAACGUUAGAGUAGUUUUUAUUUGUAAUACUAUUGUGACUUGUUCAGUUUGGUGUAUCCAUGGUGUAUCCAUGGUGUAUCCAUGGUGUAUCCAUGGUGUAUCCAUGCUCGCUGUUCUCUGGCUGGGAGUCCUGAUUAUAAUAUCCUUUGUACGAUUGUUGUUUCAUUUCAGAAAGCAAUAGGAUGAUUUUUCUCCCCAAAAUAUUGUCGUUUAUAAGCGUUUUGUUUGAACGAGUGUUCUGAUUAGCGCAACAGCAUUUCAACCUUUUAAAUGUGACCCUCUAUCCACUCAUGUCUGUGUGUGUAUGACACCAGCAGUUAUAUUGUGCAUUUAUUUGCUUGAAAAACACGUUUUAUUCAGAGUAAUUUCAUUUUGACUAUGUACCCAUGAUUAUUCAGGGAGCUGAGAGGGAAAUUAUGACAGUUUCCACCUGAUGAAGAUUUUUGUAUAAUAUUGCUAAAUGCAAAUAAAUAAAACACUGGAUGAAA